AUGUUCUCCGCCGCCUCUUCAGUCUUCUUCCACCCGCUACGCAACGUUCCCGGUCCCUUCUUUGCACGAUUCAGUAAGCUAUGGCUUGCAUGGCACGUCCGAAAAGGACAAGCACACGUCCACUUCCCCAAGUUGCACGCGCAUUAUGGACCGAUUGUGCGCAUAGCACCCGACCAAGUCCUAGUGUGUGACGAAAACGCCAUCAAAACCGUCUAUGGAGCAGCGACGUCGUUCACGAAAGGGGAUUGGUACCGCAUAGCUGGCGCACCUGACAAAAGCCGGAAACCUGCUGAGGAGGUUCUCGAUAUGUUGACGGAAACCAACAUGGAGAAGUAUCGCAGACAAAGAAGAGCCAUUGGACCAGCUUACAGCAUUGCGGGACUAGAAAGACAUGAGGAGCUGCUUGAUAGCUACGUCAGUCAGUUUGUUGGCAGGCUGAAAGAGUUUGGAGGAAAACAGUUGGAUCUCGCGGAGUGGACUCAUAUCUUCGCCUUGGAGUCCAUGAGCCAGUUUACUUUAGGCAAGAGACCAGGAUACACAGAGAAGGGCAGUGACGAAGGGAACGCAGAUGCCAGUGAUGCGUUAUGGGAGUGCUUUACCGUUAUUGGUAUCUUCCCAGGCUUCGUAAAGCUGAUGCAUGCGAUACCGAAAGUCGGCAUGUUGCUCGUCCUACCAGCUAGCUUAUUCCUGGGUGUUAGACUACCGAAGGUCUGGCCCGUCUUCAGCUUUUCUGCUCCAAACAUCAUGCAAAGAUUGAAAGCAUUGGAAAGCACGAGGGAUGUCAAGUUUCCAGGGGACCGUCCGGGCCUCUUUCAUGAUCAAGGCACAGAUGUGGAGACAUCAGAGCAACAAGGGGACGGCAUUGAAGAGACAGACAUGCUGGCUACUUUGAUGCGCCUUCAUCACGACAAAGAGGCGCGUUUCCCUCCUUCAUGGGUUCUCUCAAUCGCACUUACCAAUUUCGGCGCCGGACACGAUACACUCAUGUUUACACUUUCUUCGGUCAUGUACCAUAUGUUCAAGUCGCCAGCCAUCCUCGCCCGCUUACGCAAAGAGAUGGAGAGCCAGGGUGUCACAAAGCAUACCAAGUACUCCGAAAUGAUUCAGAAGGUACCGCUGUUCCUGGCCGUCAUGAAAGAGAGUAUGAGGAUUUGGCCAACGCUGGGAUGGUACAUUCCUCGCCUCGUACCUGCCUCAGGAACUACAUUAUGCGAUACCUAUCUUCCACCUGGUACUACAGUCGGGACUAACCUCUGGGCCUCACACUUUGACCCCAAGGUGUUCGCAAAUCCCCAUGAUUUUGACCCAGAUAGAUGGCUAUCCGGUGGCAGCGAGGAAAAGAUGAGGGAGAUUGGUAGAAUGGACAGUAUGUGGAUGGGUUUCGGGGGCGGAAGUAGGAGCUGUCCUGGACAGCAUCUAGCGAGGUUCUUCGUUGUCAAGACAUUGGCUCGAUUGGCCAUGGAAUGUGACAUUGAGCUGGACGGCGAGCCAGAGAUUGGAGGUUGGUUCCAGUGUACGAUGAAGGGUGUCGGGAUGAGUGUUAAGGCGAGAAAGCUGUAA